AUGCUUUUGGAAAAGGCCCUAAUCGGGUCUAUGCUAGGCUUCGCAGCUACUUCGGCAACCGCCCAUAUUAUCGCAACGGAUGAAGUCCCACUCCUUGGCCCAUCAUUCCUCAGCAAUUUCGACCCUUCCAACUCCACUUCAAUCGGAAAUGCCAAAACGAAAUUCCCUGGUCUCGUCGAUGAUCUCUUCUCAGCCGGCAAGCUUAACCGGACAGACCUGACAUUUUCCAUUGAUGUCUUUUCGGCAGCUACCAAUCGCUCCAUCUAUAGAUAUUCACACGUUGGCGAAGACGCCAAGAAGGCUUUGACAACCGGGGUGUUUGAUGACAAGACCGUCUCCCGUAUUGGGAGUGUCACAAAGCUUUUCACUGUCUAUGCUAUCAUUGCCAAAGCAGGCAUAGAGAUCUUCAGCGACCCAGUUACAAAGCACCUCCCUGAGCUUGCUGGAAACUCAUCCAGCAACCCAUUACAAAGAAUCCGCUGGGAAGACAUCACUGUCGGGGCAUUGGCAUCCCAGCAGGCUGGAUCCGGGGGCGCUGCAGCUUGGGCAUUACCUGACAGUCGUACUCAGACCUUUUCAAGUACUUCCGCGACGAGAAGCCCCCCCGUCAUUUCUCCAUGGCGAAAUGCUGUAUACUCCGACGGCGGCUUUGCUAUCCUGGGACAACUUCUAGCCCGGAUUUCAGGGAAGACAUUCACAGAAGCAAUCCAGGAAAUAUUGUUCGAUCCCUUGGGCAUGGAGAACUCGUCAACAAAGGCGCCCAAAGGAUCAGAUAUUAACGUCGUUGAUCGCUCCACCAUUGACAACUCAUCAUCAUGGGGAUUGGACGCCGAGAUAGUCGCCUCUACUGGCGGCAUGCACUCUAACAAUGCAGACCUUCGCACCGCGGGCCUUGCAAUCCUCAACUCCGAGAUCCUUUCCCAAGCCACAACCUCCGAGUGGAUGAAGCCUCGCAGUGGAACCGGUAGCUUAGUUGAGCUCGUCGGAGCCCCUUGGGAGAUAACGCGCCUUGAGAUACCAGUCACACCCGGCUCGAACCGCACACGCAUUUCAGACCUCUACACCAAGGCCGGCGGAAAUGGCGAUUACACAGCUAUCUUCGCACUUUCACCAGACCAAGGCAUUGGAUUCUCCAUCCUGGUCGCCGGCGGAACAGCCACACCCGCCCGCUGGCCACUGCGCAACGCCGUGGGCGAGACAUUCAUCCCUGCCGCUGAACAUGCCGCAGCAGAAAAUGCCAAGCGCAACCUUGUUGGUACCUUUGUAGACAAGCGUACACCGAGCACAAAUCUUACCUUGACCCUCGACAAAGGCCGACCUGGACUGGGUUUGAAAUCCAUGUGGGUUAAUGGCACUAGCUAUGUCGACAGCCCAUACACGCGCGUUUACCCGACUGGGUUGAGCUCCAUUUCCACCUCUUUGUCUUCGCUGUACAGAGUUAAGGGUGCUCAGAGUCUCGCACAUCGCAUGGUGUUGCCGGAUCUCCCGCUGAAGCCUCGUGCUGCUGUUGAAGGCGGCAAGGGUGGCCUGUUCGAUAACCAAUUUACAUGGAUGAAUAUCGACUUUGCAGGUCCCUUUGAUGAGUUGAUCUUUGAUUUGGUCGACGGAAAGCUGGUCAGCAUUCAAUAUCCGGUGACGGGAGCUGUUUUCAAGCGGAUCCAUUAG